UUAAACGCACUACUGUGCUGCUUCUGUUUAGUUUCAUAUCCUCCAUCUUUAUCUCUCUCUUCUUACGACACAGAACAAAUGGAAGCAACAUGGACCACAGCUAUUGCGGUCACAGUGAUGAUUCUUGCAGUGAUAUGGGGAUGGAAGGUGCUGAACUGGUUGUGGCUAACGCCAAAGAAGCUUGAGAAACGGUUGAGAGAGCAAGGCUUUAAAGGCAGUCCGUACAGGAUUCUGGUUGGGGACACACGAGAAAUUGUGAAGAUGCUAAAACAAUCCCAAUCUAAACCCAUGGAUGUCUCUGAUGAUGAUAUAUUGCAACGUUUCUACUGCUAUGUCCAGCAAAAUACAAACAAAUACGGUAAGAAUUCAUUUCUUUGGUAUGGACCAAAACCAAGGGUGACCAUCGCAGAUCCAGAGUUAAUCAAAGAUGUAUUGAACAAGAUUCAUGACUUUCCAAAACCUCAUUCGAAUCCACUUCUUCGUUUGCUAGCUUCUGGUAUCGUCAGUUACGAGGGUGAGAAAUGGAACAGACAUAGAAGAAUAAUCAAUCCAGCAUUCACUUCAGAAAAUAUUAAGAUUAUGAUGCCAGCAUUCUUGAAAAGUUGUACUGAUAUGAUUAGUAAAUGGGAGGGAAUGUUGUCCUCGGACGGAUCAUGUGAAAUUGACGUGUGGCCUUUCCUUCAAAAGUUGACUAGUGAUGUAAUUUCUCGAGCUGCAUUUGGAAGUAGUUACGAAGAAGGGAUAAGAAUAUUUGAGCUUCAGAAGGAGCAAGCUGAACUCACUAUGAAGGUUCUGAUGAACGUUUACAUUCCUGGAUGGAGGUUCGUACCUACUAAGAUCAACAGGAGGAUGAAGGAGAUUGAUAGAGAUAUAAAAAAUUCACUUAAAGUGAUGAUUAAUAAUAGAGAGAAAGCAUUGAAAGCAGGUGAAGCUACCAAAAAUAAUGAUUUAUUGGGCAUACUUUUGGAAUCAAAUCAUAAGGAAAUUCAAGAUCAUGGAAAUAACAAGAAUAUUGGAAUGAGUCUUGAAGAUGUAAUUGAAGAGUGCAAACUAUUCUAUUUUGCUGGUGAAGAGACAACCUCAACUUUGCUUGUUUGGACUAUGGUGUUAUUGAGUAGGUACCCUGAUUGGCAAGCACGUGCAAGGGAAGAAGUCUUGCAAGUCUUUGGAAAUCAAACGCCUGACUUUGAGGGGCUGAGUCGUCUUAAGAUUGUCACCAUGAUUUUCUAUGAGGUUCUCAGAUUAUACCCACCGGUAAUUGGGCUUACUCGAAUUACUCACAAAGAUAUGAAACUUGGGUACUUAACAUUGCCUGCUGGAGUUCAACUUUCCUUGCCAACUCUCUUGGUUCAUCAUGAUCCUGAAAUAUGGGGUGAGAAUGCAAAGGAAUUCAACCCGACACGAUUUUCCGAAGGAGUUUUAAAGGCAACAAAUGGCAGAGUUUCUUUUUUUCCGUUUGGAUGGGGUCCUAGAAUAUGCAUCGGACAGAACUUUGCCAUAGUGGAAGCAAAAAUGGCUUUGUCGUUGAUUUUACAACAUUUCUCGUUUAAACUUUCUCCAUCCUAUACUCAUGCUCCAAUCAAUAUGAUUACUCUUCAACCCCAAUAUGGUGCUCAUAUCGGUCUACACAAGGUGCAAGCUUGAAAUAGAAGAAACUCUUAUGUAUUGUUUUUAUUGUCAUUCUACACAUUAAUGUUGAAAUAUAAUAUUGUAUUAAAUUUCUGCAAUUUGCUUAGGGAAAGUUCUUAAUUUGCUAUUGUAUUAUUGGAAGUUUAUAUUUACUGGAGUAAAUAGGGAUCCAAAUUCAACCAUAUGUAAAUAUAAGGCCAUAUCAAGUGUGUUGUUUUUUA